CAAUGCUUCCCUGCAAUCGUAAUAACGGAAAUGUCCAAGAUGACUGCGACGGAUGGCGCGAUAAACUCGUCGGAAAGUUUAUCUUGGAAAAUGACGAAGCGACCAGUCUGUCGAGUGAUGAAUAUGUUCGCCAUAGCGAUCUUCCUCAGCCUAAUCGCGUAUUGCCUCCCAAUUCUAUUAUGACCAUGGAUUAUCGCCCAGAUCGUCUAAAUAUUCGUAUUGAUAAGACUAAACGUGUUAUGGGUGUGAAUUAUGGAUGAUAUGAAUAUGUAUUAUGG